AUGAAAGCUAGGUCAAGCAAUGCCCCUGCAAGCAACACUGACUACUCCAGUGAGCCUGAAUUGCUCUUUUCAAUGCUAAAUGGAAAGCCAUACCAGUCACAAGACACUGAAAGGUCUACUCAAAUGAAGUUGCAUCAAGAGUCUGCCACUUUGAUUCAACAUGCUGCAAGAUUAGAACUAGAAUCAAUCACCUUGAAAGAAAGUAUUGAGACGGCUAGUGACAGUUUGAAAGAGUUUCCCAAAGAAGGUUUAAGGGAGUUGUCUGUCUCAAUGAAAGCUAUCAAGAAGGACCUCGCUUUAAUCAAGACCAAGAUUAAUCUCAAUCACAAUCUUUUACAGAAAGGGCUUGACAGGGUGGCUCCAAGUGCAGACAUAACAAAGUUGAUUGAAAAAUCAACAACCAAUCAAGAGAAACUAUGUGUGAUUGUGGAUAAGGAAAUACAAACACUAAAUCAGUCAGUCAAGAACGUGUUGUUCCAAGCUGAUUCAAUUAAGGAUACACAGUCACACCAGAACGAUGCCGUGAGAAACAUAGCAACCCGAUUUGAAGCUCUAGAUUGUGACAUUAAGGACAUAAAGCAAUUUCUUAGUCUUUUGGUACCGCGAUUGAUCUUAUUGGAGAAACUGUUUGUACCACAUCUUUCACAAUUGGCAGCCCCACUGCAGAUGCCAGAUGAUGAUGACAACAACGAUGCACAAACAAAGCUGAAACGGCGAAGAUUGGAAUGA